UCAGUAAGGGAGGAGAGAUCCAUGGAGCCAGCCAACCAGCUGCGCAAGCUCAAAGCCGGAAUACCUCGAAUAAUUGGACGUCACAUACUCACAUGUACAGAUGUACUGGAGAAGAUCAACGGGAGGGCUGGGAAAAAGAAGCGGAGGAAUGAACAAAUAUCGGACGGUUGGUCGACACUGGCGACUCUUGACUCUGCUCGCUGCAAUAGUGUAUCAGUAUUCGGUAGUGCGGGCAUGGACCACCCCCACGGCUCAUGAUCAUGAGUCAUGAACUGUCAUCAUGUGUUUCGUCGUUCGUCUGCACACACCAUAUAUACCCGAGCCUUCCCCUCCGCUUCACCCAACUCGCUCGCGCCCCUCUUCCUCUUCCUCUGCCUCCCUCUCCCCACAGUGAAAGCAACAAGCAAGCGCACCAUCGAGCUAAGCUCUGCUCAGCUUUGCUCGAAACUCGCCUCCACACACCCACAAUGGGGGCUUCAGUACCUUGCUCCUUCUUCUUCGACGACGAGCCGCUCGGCGAGCCCGGCAUGCCGGCGCUGGACGCGUGCGCGCUCUGCGCCAAGCCGCUGGCGCGCGACAGCGACAUCUUCAUGUACAGAGGGGACACGCCCUUCUGCAGCGAGGAGUGCCGCCACGAGCAGAUGCAGCUCGACGCUAUCUGCUCCAGGCAGGCCGCCCGGAGGCAGCAGCGGCUCUCGUCGGGAUCGGAGGCCCGGCGCUGGCAUCAAGACUCCGGUAAGGUGUCCGUCGCGAGCUAGCCGGCAAAGCUGGCAACCCAGUGGAGUAGAGCUUGGCUUGAAUCGACGGUCUCUCCGGUUUGUGUCGCCUGAGCCGGAGAAGCUAUGAAGGAUCUGAGAAUGUUCAUGUGCUGAGGCUCCGGCCAUCUGGGUCGCCCACUGGACAACUUCUUCUGGCUCCGACUGGCUCCUUUUCGCCUCUGUGUGUGUUCGUUUGAGGCUUUUGAGCCGCGGUUGGUGCAACACCAUCUGUAAAUCGAAACCAUUGGGAAAUCCCUAUUUCAACACAUAUAUUUGCCUUGAUCA